GGAGACUAAACAAAUUACACUAUAACUGAGAAAAAAAAACACUCUUUGGUCAGGUGAGAGAUUUUUUCACCCUCCUGAAACGACCGCAUGCUCCACCCUAACAUAGUGCUACAUUUGUGAAACAGGCGGUGGCAGACUGUCGUUCACUGGACUCGCGUUGGGCUACCAGCAAGAAAGUUUUUCAUGUGGAUUACCGAUCAUGAGAUGACUGGGCACUUGCUAGCGUGACAAAUUGGAAAACGACGAUUAUAAAAGGUAGAGUAGCCUAUUUGAACAUGAUAAGCUUUCAUUAAUUUCUCAUGGCAGGUGUUAGUAAUAUUUUAUGUACUGAGUAUAAAUAGUCGAAACGUCUAUUUUAACCGUUAGGCCUACCUUGGAGCCUUACACGGUCUCUGGUUGAAAAUACAACUUUGAGAUGGGACAGAGGGGAGGCUUUUAACUACAGAUAAGGCUACAGCACAUGGUUAUGGAGGGGUUCAAAGAUCAAUCUUCACCCUGGGCAGACGAAAUGGAAGCCUUCAACUUCACUCCUACAGAAUCCCUGUAUGCAAACGGAACGGAUUUGCCUUCAGUGAGCCUGGGCAACAUUGUGGAGGUGGUCUUCAUAAUUCUAGGACUUGGGUCUUUGAGCUUGAUUACAAUUAUUGGUAAUAUCUUGGUCAUUGUCUCUAUAAAAGUAAACAGGAAUCUCCAAACAGUAAACAACUACUUCCUGUUUAGCCUGGCCUGUGCUGAUUUGAUAAUUGGCCUGUUCUCCAUGAACCUCUACACAGUCUACAUUGUGGUUGGCUACUGGCCUCUUGGCCCUGUUGUUUGUGACCUGUGGUUGGCCCUUGACUAUGUUAUGAGCAAUGCCUCAGUAAUGAACCUGCUAAUAAUAAGCUUUGAUCGGUAUUUCUGUGUAACCAAACCACUCACUUACCCAGUCAACAGAACCACAAAAAUGGCAGGCAUGAUGAUAGCAGCAGCGUGGAUACUCUCGUUCAUAUUAUGGGCGCCAGCCAUCCUUUUCUGGCAGUUCAUUGUGGGUGAGCGGACAGUUCAAGAGCGUCAGUGCUACAUUCAGUUUUUCUCCAAUGCAGUGGUGACCUUUGGCACGGCCAUCGCUGCAUUCUAUGUGCCGGUGAUCACCAUGAUCGUGCUGUACUGGCACAUCUCCAAGGCCAGCAAGAGUCGUGUGAGGAGAGCGAGCAGGAGGAUUUCCAGUGAGAGUCAAGACAAUUGUCAGGGCGGCCUCACCUCAGGAGCCAAUCAGUGCCGAGGGAAAGGAAGCAGGGGCAGUGACAAGGCCAAGAAAGAGCCACCGAUGUCUCCAUUAGACACUGGUGUUGAGGAUGCCACUACCGGAGAGGACCAGGAGACGGAGAACGAGUCCACAUCGGGCAGUGUCCUUGUUUCAUCCAAUCACAAAGAGGAGGAGGCUAAUGCUGUGGGGAAGCCUGGAGAUGGCCAACCCACACUGUCCCCACAGUUACAGCCAAACCCCAACAGAACCAGAGCCAACUGGUCCAAACUCACCUGCAUCAGGUCCCCAUCCCAGCCACCGUCAGGAGACAGCUAUACACCUGCUGACACAAAGGUGGAGACGAGUUUGGUUUCUCAGAGGAUGCUAAAAACGACCCUCCGGCCACCCAAAAGUAGGAAGCGAAGAAGUGUACCGUCCCGUGAGAAGAAAGUCACGCGGACCAUCAUGGCUAUUCUGGUGGCCUUUGUGGCCACUUGGACUCCAUACAACGUGAUGGUCCUCGUUAACACGUUCUGCAGCACCUGCAUCCCAGCCUCCAUGUGGACGUUUGGCUACUGGCUCUGCUACAUUAACAGCACGGUCAACCCAGCCUGCUAUGCUCUCUGCAACAUCACAUUCAAAAACACUUUCAAACAACUUUUGCUAUGCCGAUACAAAAAUAUCCGCACAUCUAAAUGAAGAAAGGUGCUAAAAUGAGGAAAGGUUAAUAAUGCAAUUGAUUAGAGGUUAAAAGAAGGAAUCCUUAAUGGUGCUGUCAGCAAUUUCACCGGAAAUGGCAUUUGUUUGUGUUUAUAUUUUAAUGUAUUAGCAGACACUUUUGUCCAAAACAAUGUACAGUACAUUAUAUUUGAAUCAAGGACCAAAUGAAAUAUGCCAGAGGUAGCUCACCCCUACCUUCAAUAUUCCACGCAACAAUUCCAGAGAAAUUCCAUGCAAAGUUUUGUUUUGUUUGGGGGACAGGCUGCCCUUUGUUUGUUUCCAGAGUUCGGAGCCUGGGCUGCCUAGAGACUUUACAGAGUACAGGUGUUCUUUACAGUGGGUCAAUGGGCAGCUAGUCGUCAUUUGGAGAUGAUUGCUUAGAAUUGCGUAAAAUCGCUGACUGCACUUUUAAUCUCAGACACCCUAGAGCCAGUAUUUAUUAGAUAUCAGAUUCUGUAUGAGUUGUAUUGGAAUAUCUUUGGGUAUAAUGUGAUAAUUGUAGGCAUGCUAUUACACAUUUAAGGCAUUCAAGUGAUAAUUUCAAUCCAUUUUGGCAUGCCAUAAUCCACCACUGUCACCAUCCUAUCUAAUAUCCUGUGAUAAAUUUGUUUUCAGGCUUAACCUUACACGUUGUCCCAUAAUGGUCAAUCACACUCACUUUUUGCAUACACAUGGUAUAUAUUUAUUAUGAUUGUGUGGACUAUUUAAACAUAAAACUUACAGUAGGUAUAUAACCUAUACUUGUAACUCUUUUCAGUCAAGGGCUGUCACUGAAGGAGUUGGACGCCAAGUGCUCAAGGUUACAUUUCUCAUUGUUAAACAGAUCCUUAAACGCCAGGACUGUGAGGUCUUGAAAUUUGGUUUAAUGUGAUCUGUUGAACAUUUAUGUGUUUGAAGAGCAAUUGUAUUCAUCCACUGCACUACCUUCAUGUAUUAUGUGUAUAUAUUGCUUACACCGUACAUCUUUAGGUCCUUUCAAGCUUGAGGAUCCUGCUUUGACCAUAGAAUAAAUGUUACUCCUAAUACUGCAACACUAAAACUGGUCAUUAUUCUUUCAGUAGUUAUUCCUGUAAUUUGCUAAAGCAUCAUGUUCCAAGCAAUCCAAGUCCUUAAAAGCGAGAAAACUCUCAGAAGGUGUUGGCCACUAUCAAACCUGAAAUGUCCAAAUCUGUUAGCCUGUGAUGAUAGAGCAGU